GAACUCUCCGUUUUCCCAACGCCGGCUAGACAUGCAAUAUUCGUCCGUUCAAGAAAUGCGGGCAGCUCUCUCCUCCCCACCCCGCUUGCCGUUUCAGUCUUCGCCGCGGAGCUAAAGGUCCCCGGCCGCCGCCGUCAUGGACCCAUCCUCAGAGAUCGAGUACGAGAUGCCAGGUUUCCUGCGUGUGCACAAGAGCGGUCUCGUCGAGCGGCUGGCCGGCACCGACACCGUGCCGCCCUCCCCCUCCGGGGACCCCGCCAACGGCGUCGCUUCCAAGGACGUUCUCCUAGACACCGCCGCCAACAUCUCUGUCCGCCUCUACCUCCCCGCCGCGGCCACGUCGGAGCCCGGCAAGAAGCUUCCCGUCGUCGUUUUCUUCCACGGCGGCGCAUUCUUUACCCACAGCACCGCCUCCCCUAUCUACCACAGGUACGCCGCCUCCCUUGCCGCCGCGGUCCCCGCCAUCGUCGUUUCCGUCGAGUACCGCCUCGCCCCGGAGCACCCUCUCCCGGCGGCAUACGACGACGCCUUCGCGGCCCUCGAGGCGGUCGUCACCGCAUGCCGCCCGGAUGGCGCCGAGCCCUGGCUCGCCACGCACGGCGACGCCUCCCGCGUCGUUCUUGCCGGCGACAGCGUCGGCGCCAACAUUGCUCAUAACACGGCGAUAAGGCUGCGGAAGGAACGCAUCGAGGGCUACGGCGACAAGGUCAGUGGCAUCGCGCUCAUGCAUUCCUACUUCUGGGGGACAGAACUGGUGGGCGGCGAGGUUGCGCCGCGCGCCAACAUGGAGCGCACGUUGGACCUCGCCUCCGGCGGUAAGUUCGGCUCCAGCCACCCGUACAUCAACCCCGCGGCGUCACCGGAGGACUGGAGGCAGAUCGGGUGCGGCCGCGUGCUGGUUACCACUGCAGAACGCUGCUUAUUCGUGGAGAGGUCGCGCGCGUACGCGGAUGGUAUCAAGGCGUGCGGGUGGGACGGCGAGCUCGAGUUCUACGAAACCAAGGGCGAGAUGCAUACCUACUUCUUAUUCAUGCCCGACUGCGACAAUGCAGCCAAGGAGCUCGCCGUCGUGGCCGAUUUCGUCAGGCGCUCAUGAGCUUCUCUUUAUACUUUACUGCUUGUUCAUCGGUCGACUUGCUCUGUAAUAAAGUAAGUGACAAUUUCUUUGCAAGGCUAACAGCCUAACACUCUACUUUUAGCGGCGAAUUUACCGGCGCCGGUACCUACAGGAGUCGAAUCCACCAUCAGUUGCUAUUUUGAGAUUUGCGCCUGCUUUUGCCGUAGAGAAAACUGUUCCAGGAUACCGGGCAGGCAAAUUGCAGAUACACCUAAAUACGGUUGACACUCUGACACAUGGCCCAUCCACCCCACCCACCUCUCUAUCUCGUUCCCUUCUGCCCGGAGAAAGCCUACCUGCCGUCCACCGCCGCCAGAUACCAGCGCCGCCGGAUUGGCCCGUUCCAGCACCGCCUGGCUCACCCUCCAUCGCAACGCCCUCUUUCACGGCCACCGUCGCCGGUCCUGCGGGUUGACGCUUCCCCGGGUCACAUCGCCGCCCCUCGAGCUCAUCACUUCCUAGGCCUCCGCCGCCGCCGCCUCCAUGUCAGAGAGUAGCCAGGGUCCGUCCCGGUCGACUCCAGGGAGGUGCGACCAGGCGUUCCGCUCCUCGUGGAGGUGCUCCGCAUCAGGCAUGGGGCUUCGUCGGGUGAAAAUCGUCUCCAGACAUCCUAUAUCUUUCUCCGGCUAGCUGCGAUCCUUGGACUGAUCUGAGAGAUGAGGGCCACGGCUCUGGGUGUGAUGGACCUGAUGGCUGUGCAUUCGUGCAGGUCAUGUAAGUCUGUUUUCUGUGUGAUGACUUGUUUCAUGUGCUGUGUGAAAUCUGCGGUCCUAGUUUUAUCUUUAUUUUGUGUGUGAGUUUUUCUUUGUUUCCUAGUCCCUAGACAUAUCCUAUUAUAUUCAUCAAGGUUCUUUUUCUUCCAUGUUUCUUUCCUUUAUUUAUUUUGGAAACUUGCAAUAGUUUUGUAUAUGUCAUAAUUGUGAAACCGGCUUCACUCUUUUGGUUGUUGGGUGACAUGUUUGUUGAACA